AUGUCUCUCUCUGAUUGGUUCCAAGGGAUUAUUAUGAACGAUUUCGAUACGGUAAACAAGCUACUGGCUCAGUACAAAUGUUCUGUAGACGCGCAAGGAGAUACGGGACUCAUGGUAGCUACGCAAGCAGGCCUUUUGGGAAUGGUGCGCUUGCUAGCACCCUUUGAGAGCGGAUCUCGCUCAUCUUCCGGCUGUACAGCUCUUAUGAUAGCAUGCAUGUCGAAUAUGCCUGAAAUAGUCGAGGUACUCCUUCCCCUAGAAAAGGACUUUAGGCUCUCUGAUGGUCGGGACGCACUAAUGCUGGCCGCUAGUAGCAAUUCUGGCGAUGUACUAGACAUACUCAUGCCGAACUUCAGUUUAUGCCGCGACAAUAAUAGCCUAUCUGCCCUAGACUAUGCGGGAUAUGAGGGUCAUCUUUUCAUAGUCAUGAAGCUCGUGCACUACUUUCGCCCAUCCUCCGCUGAUCUAUCAAUUGCACGGGACCUAGCAUCUGAAGCAGGUAGAAGCUCUGUGGUUGCUUAUCUAGACUCUCUAGACGCCAAUAGCAGUUCCAACCCUAUCCAGGAUGCAUCCAGUGGAGGAUUUACUAACGAGUCAGACAUAUUAGUCGACAAGAAAGAUGGUAUGGUCGUUACCACUUCGACCAACGGAGAAGACCGCAUUUCUCUUCCACAUCCAGAUGAUCCUUUUACUUCGGAUAUGACUACCAUCAACCCAACUGCAGAGAAGCACAUUGCACUUUUGGAAUCAGAAAACAAAGCGCUUCGUUUAAAACUGGAGGCCAUAACAGCGAGCACGGACGAAGAGCGAUUGCUGGCUUUUAACAAAAUGGAAAACGAGAUAGCUUUUUAUAUGGGCGAGGUUGAAAUGCUACAGAAUAGCCUCAAGGAGAAAGAUUUAGCCGAUUCUGCGAGUAUUGAAUCUGAAAGCAUAGAGUCUUUACAACAGCUCCUUAUUGGCGCUAAAGAGGAGCUAGAUAAAGCAAGGGAAGAUCUCAAUACCAGCUUGGAAUCACAGAGUGAGUUGACUGGUCUUUUAUUGAUUAAAGAGGAAGAAGGAAAGAAGCUAGCGACAGAGAUAGAUUCUCUAAAGCGUGAAUUGAAGGCCUCGAGGGAAGAGCUUGAAAAGACGGAACUAGAGUUACAAAAUACUAAGCAACGAUUAAGGGUGUGCGAAGGUGAGGCCGCGAUAGGAAAGCAGUUUGAUAACACAAUGGUCUUGACAAAAUCACUCUAUGGCCACGACUUGCGUGAGCAGUUGGCGGUACCUUUACGCAAUGUAAUACCCACAGACAUAGAUCUCCGAUUUAUCAAAGGCACCGCGGCGCAAUUCAAGGCAAAUCCAUCAGAGUUAAGGCAUCUUAUAUCUAACUUCAACAUUCUCAAGAAGGCCUACGUUUCUUUGUUGAGAGACUAUGAUAAGGUAGAACCGUCUCCCCAACGGUCCGCAACAGGGCUUUGUAAAGGGCAUGGAUCCUUACGCAAUAAAAGUGCUAGGGCAAGGGACUCUAUGGAUACACUCAUCUCGUCCAUAAAUACUUCCAUAAGGCGGUCAAGUUCCAGAACGGCUCCGUUAUCGCGGUCAUCGUCGUCACAAGUUAUACAGAUGGCAUCUACUCAAGGCGCUGAUAUUGAACGGGCUCAGUCUAGCUUGGCUGAUAACCGCCAAAGGAGCAUUGUUUCAGGAACACAAAUAGGAAGAUCAGUUACUGCUAGAAAUCGAGCCACAGAGGUUUCGUUAGUGACAGAGGAGAUGAUGGCUGAAUUGUCUAAUCAGGAGAACACGCCACUCAUGAGGGCGUUUGUAGAGGGAAAUCUGGAUGGCGUAUUAAAUAUGCUAUCACACGUCGGUAAGCAGCGCAGCGAUGGAACAACCGCCCUAAUGCUCGCGGCCCUAUUUAAUCGCAUUAGCGCAAUCAAGUAUGUUGUCAAAAAGGAGGCACGAAUGAAGCGUGUUGAUGGAGCCACUGCUCUACAUAUUGCCCUUCAAAAGGGGUAUUAUACCAUUGCGGAUCUUUUAACAAAAUAUGAAGGAAUUGACGUCAGCGAAUAUAGUACAGAGGGCAACCGAAAAACUGAGCUCAUGUGUGCCGCAGAAGAAAAUGACCUGGUGAAGUUGUGGUGUCUGCGCCCGUUACAAGAACGCUUACAAGAUCAGAAUGGGAAGACAGCCUUAAUGUAUGCUCUUGAAAAGGGGCACCUACACUGUGUGUACCUUUUAUUAUCCAGUGAAGCAAAGAUUCGAGAUAGUCAAGGAAACAAUAUAGUGUCUUAUUGCUCCAAGAUGAGUCAUACUUUGCCCGAAUCUCUUCGCCAAGAACUUACGUUUAUGGCAACGCGCUACUGCAAUGAGCAGUAUUACAUGGAGUAG